AUGGCAGACGCAAAGCAAGGAGGCGAUCUUUACGAUAUGGCUAAGGACGGAACCAGAGUUCCUGGAGAUGCUGGCAAGCAAAACAUCAUAAAGUCUGUUCCCAACCCGCACCAGCAGGAAUCAGCUGCUGGUGGGCUUGGGUCUACAACUUUGCACGGCGCCGCAGACAACGCAUUGAACACCAACGAGGGAAGAGCGUCCGGAGUGGGCGAGGGAAUCAGUGCUACCGGUCACGAGAUUCCUCAGUCGGUGACGGGCAAGCCUGGAGGCCGAGGGGGGACGCAAAGCUCUGAGGAUGUCAGGGCUGCAACGGGUGCGUUUUACACAAAGGGGGGCCGGUCGAAGGAUGAUGAGUAA